GUGAGUGUUGCGGGUAGGGGCGUGUGGCACCGCCCUUCCCCACGUGUGUAUUGCACUACUUGUUUCAUACACUAACCCGAUAUGUCUGCUGUUUUUUCACCUCUCUAACAUCAUGGUCGGUAGGCGGUGCUGUAUGACGUCACUCGAUCACCACCGCCAUGACACCUACAGGCAACAAUAUCCUGCCAGAGAUUAAGUUUCGUUGGUGCCGGACAGUAAGGUGCCGGGUGCAGGAAGUGUGGCUGGUGUUGACAUCUGUGACGGGGACGCGCGUGAGUCUCACCUUGCACCAGGACCUGGGCUGGUACGAGGCUCCGCCCACACCCAUACCCUGCGGCCUCCACACGGGCUUCAUCCUCAUCCAGGACAAGGUUCGUGACGCGAUCACAGGCAAACUGCGAACCCGGGAGAGGGACUAUAAGGUUGACCCGUUCCACAUCGUGCCACACAAGUUCGCUGUUGAGUUAUUCUUACAGUCAGAUCAAACAUCACCCUUCUGGAGCGACGUGCCAGAGCUGCGCCUGCGCUACCUCAGCUCAGACCACUUGGAGAGACUCGCCACCUCCACACAUCACGACUCACUCACCGACCACCAGUCUGGCCGCCUCACUGGUCGUAAAUGGGUCUCUUCCACCACUUUGAGCUGUACCGGAGAUCCAGUGAGAAGAGAGGUAACGUCUUCCAGCACUUCGAAGGUUAUAAUUGAUUCCAAUGUUGAGAGAAGGGCCCACCCAGGAGAGCUGACUAGAGGCAGGUCUCACAGCCAACUCCGCGCACCAUCCACGUCUUUUGAUAAUCUCAAAUAUCAAAGAGAAGCAUCAGUAUCUUCGCCAAAUCUCUCACGAGCUUUCCAAGUGGCUGUCGAUCUAUCACGUGCUAGUUCUAAGUUCCUGGCAGGGCUAUCCUCCACGAGUAGUGGGGUGUGUCUUGGGUUUGAGGAUGGUAGUGAGCCUCCCUCCCCGGACACUAAAGACUCUGCCAACAUCAACAGUCCCUACGCUGCUGGCGGGGAAACAUCACAGGAUUCCGAAGACACUGGAGGUGCCAGACGGAAGAAGUCCUUAUACAGCUCCCGAGAUCGGUCUCUUCAUAUUGAGGACUUAACUGGAGAAGAAACAUGGAGAGGGAGGGGAAGACGACCCAAAGAGCUCGAUGAAUCCAAUGCCUCCAGCACGUCAUAUGAAGAUCUCCUUGCUUCCAUUUCUUCAACCAGAAGAGCGACAUUCAAAACGGAACUGAACAUUUUACGAUUUGAUACCCUUGCACAGGAACGUUUGGUAAAGGAAAUAUUAGCACCUUCAGAUUCUGAUUUUGAAGACGAAGAAGGGGCGUGUGAAGCCAGUGAUUCUGACCUAGUGGGACCUUACGGGUGUGUCAUAACCUUUGAGAGUCGCAGCUCUAGUAUGGACGAUGUCGGGUCCCCUCGGGCACUUGAGGACGUCCUCGUGUCCUUGACAUCAAAUGAAAGUCACCCAGAAGUCACCUUUGAACCAUCACAGUCCCAGCCGGACUUUUCCUCCGCUAUAGAACAUGAUUCAGAGUCCAACCUUGAGACACCAAGCAGCUCUGAAAGGAGACAACCUCAGCCUAAAUCCAGAACGAUCACUCCCGUGUCACGUUCAGAGACGUCAAGUUUGGAUAGUAAGACGUCUUUGUCAGUACCUUUAAGGAUGAAUACGAGUCCCGUGUCUGAGUUUGUGAUGAGCGUUGUGGCCUGUGACUCAGAACUAGAUCCUCCCUCUGAUGGUGAUCCACCACAUGACGAGAACCGUAUGGACGAUGACGUUCACAUGUCUGAUAUAGAAGCAAGUGACAGUGACGCUGAACAUGAUGGAGCGACCGAGGGUAAUGGCCUAAUUCCAUCAGUCAUGGCCACUAGAGGUCCACCUUUAACACCUGACAUUGAAGAUUAUAAUUUCCAGUACGACUCUCUGAAACACGAGGAUGAACACCUCCCGAUAGACAUCAGAAAUAUUGAUAGUGAAGAAUCGCUAGAACCUGUCGUAUCUAAACCUUAUGGUGCAUAUGAUGCAGACGAGGAAGAGGAGGAGGAGGAACCCUGUUGUCGACCUGACACUGGUGCCAACGAGAGUGAGGGGAGCGGCUUGUAUGAGGUGGAGGGGGCACAACCCACCUACUCAUCAGUGGACGGAGAAGUGCCCAGUGAUUCUCUCACUCAAGUAACAACCAGCAGCCAGAAAGUCACUGUGAGAGAUGUCCAAGAUGUUCAUUUUUCUGAGAGUGAUAAGAAGUCACCGGUGGAGGAGAGAGAAUGUGUGAGUGACACAAAUGGGAAAGGGAAAGUCAGUAGUGAAGAAUUUGAUGUGCCAAAGAGGAACGAGAAAACAGAAGAAAUUACAGUAGAAGACCUGUUAGACGACAGUGAUUUAGUGUCAGCAGUGAUUAAGACAAAGGUUACAUUUAGUGGCAGUAAGACUGGUGGACCCUUGUGUGACGUAGUUGGUGAAGGCGAGAGAUCUUACGAGCGUGGUGACUUGGGCAGAACUUUAGUAGAUGGUGAUAGGGGUAGAACUUCAAGAGGUGGCAAUGAAGGUAAAACAUUCACAGUUAGUGACAGAGGCAGAAGUGUAAGUGACGUUGAAGGAGAAAGUUUAGCAGUUGGUGACAGAGGGAGAACUUUGAUGGGUCACAAUGAAGUUAGAACUGACACACGCAUUGGCGGCAGAGCUAAGGCAAGUGAUGGUUUUAAAUCUGAACAUGAUAGAGAAAAUAAUAAACAGAGGCAGUUGAGAACACCGGCAGGGGGCAGCAGAGAGCGGCAACUUCCAGCUACAAGAGGAACCAACCCUCAACACCUGGACCAAAGAGAUUCUGAAAAUUUACAACCACUUCCGAGGCCUCUGAGGCUCCAGAACGCCGGCACGCAAACACCGCAGACGAAACGCACUUCGAAGAUGACAUCCACACGGUCACACAAAUUCAGUGAAGGUGAAGGAGCCGCCACGAGUACCACAAAAUACAGUCGAUCUCCUCUACGUAACAGGACCAACGGGCAGGCGGAGUCUCCUUACACCCCACUACCAGAUAGACUGAGUGGCCCCUGGUCACAGAGGGUCAACAGAGGCCCCACUGCUCCACCACCACCUCCGGCUGGUAAACCAGAGCUGGCCACACUACAGAGGAACUUAUACAGCCUGGUGCAGGCACACGAGGCGGGUCAGGUGGGCCAGAACAGCCUGCUUCUGAGACAUCUGCAGAGUGAGUUGAGACAGCCGCGAGGGUACCACCUGCCCCACGGGCUGCACCUGGCCCAACACAUCCUCCCGUCCGCCUCACCUCACCUGCCACCACCUGUCCACAACACCCGACAUCAUCGUUAUCAUCAUCACCACCACCAGAGUCCUGUCAAGCACCAUCACCAGUCAUCCUUUCAUAACCGCCACUAUCAGUCUACCAUACACCACCACCAGCCUGCCGUCCAUCGUCACCACUCACCCGUCCAUCAUCACUCACCCGUCCUUCACCACGACCACCAGUCACCCGCCCAUCACUCCACCCCACCAUUUCUCCACAAGUACCCGGUGCUGAACUCCACCUUGGUACAAUCGUCCUCCUCCAUGGCCUACUACAACACCCGACCCAACCCGACCUCACAUAACCCAGGGGACAGGUUGGGAGGUGUUAGCUACGGGGGCAGUGCCGGUGACCUCGGCAGACUACAACACACCGCCACUUUUUCACACCACACCGUAAGUGGUGCAUCAAGUAUCCGCAGUGCCUCCAGCCUUCCAGACCUAUACCAUACAGCACCUGCUGGUCACCAAGGUCCUGCCCGCACCACAACCUUCACUCUCAGUAACCCCGGGCCCUCACACGCCCACUCUGCAUUCGACGUGAUGGUGGGCAGUGGUGGUGGUAUUGGGCAGAAGGGGACCUACUGGGACAGUGACAGUGGUGGCUCUACUGAUUCACUCAUUGAUGAAGCUGACCACAUCACCACCACACCCCUCGACCCCAACAUCUAUACUGUUUAUUACCCUGGCAAUGACAGGGAUGGACAAUACAGAAAACGACACAGACAGCGGAGACGGAGGACACGCUCACACCAAGGUGGAUUCAGUUCUUGGAGAGGUGAACCUGAUGCUGCUAGUCUAGGAGCCAGCAGUGGGCGUCCAUAUCUGCCCUACCGUGGUGACCAACUGUCCCCAGGUCAGCAGGUGAAGGUGCUCGCCCCAGGUGGAGGAGUAGCAGUAGCUAGGGUCCUCACUAAUCAGAAGUCUUCGUGGCAUUUAGCUGAUAAGAGUCGUCGUUCAUCUUCUCUUCCUGUUGCUUCUGCCAGUGUAACGGUCAUCCUGCUGAGUGAGCCAAACAGGUUGCAGGGAAGUGUGGUGACUGUCCCCUUGGAGAAAGUACUGCUUGCCUGGCCAAGAGCCUAAUGACAGUAAGCAUUAUCACUACUCCAAUCAAGUCCGCCAGUGCCACCAUCAGUACUGUACUAGCAUGUAAUUUGAAAAUAAGAAAAUAUAUUUUGUAUUAUGCAUUGUAUGGCAUUAAGUAUAUUAGCCAAAUGUUAUUUAUCAUCUGUAUGUUUCGCCUAAUAUAAGCUAAAAUUCAUGGAACAUUUUGUGGAUUUAUAGUGGGUAUAUUAUGACCAACACUAUUUUCCUUGUACUGUGCUUCUAAAAUUAGAGUAUGUAAACCUACAAACUAUAACCAAAAUAUGCAUUAUGAUAAUGUUUAAGUCUAUUAAUCUCAUACCAUAUGUACCUUCUCAGUUAUAAAGGAGCGAUAAAGUGCCUGAAGUCUCAGACAAAGUGUGAAGUAUCUCUUGUACAUCUAAUUUUUUUUACAAAAGAGUUCCCAACCUUAAAUUCAUUUCCACCAGUCAUUUAACAUGAUGUACAGGAGACAGUUGAUACAAGAGAAAUUAAGGAUUUGACAUCAGUGAAUCAUGAAAAAUUAGAAUGCAAAGAACAAAAUGAUUAUGGCAUAUUACAAGGCUUAAGACAAAAGAAAUUAUGGAACAAAUUUUCCCCUGAUAUAUACUGUAAUAAAUUUUUUCUUAAAUGUGAGUGAACAGUGAAAGUAAAGGUAUUAAAAUGAUAAAUCUGUAACUUGUCAUUGAACGGGCAGCAGAGUUUGUUACCUGAUAUAGUACAGUACAGUAUAUGUAAUGUAAAAGUGUCUGAGCAGUGAGAGGAUUAGUUUUAUCCCAUCACCCAGACAAGAACACACCGUCCCUACAUGGAGUAAGAGCAGCAAUUUUGCAUGUUAACCUUUAAUAAAUUGUUAUAUUUAUACAACACAACAUAAUUUUAAUAAAUUCUGUAUACCAACAUAAUGAGACCCAUGAAGAUGUGCCAUGAACAAGGAAACACACCUUAAUAGGACAAGACAUAUGUAGUGUAGUCACUAUAAUGAAUACACUUUAGGUUAAGGUCACUCAAAUUAUGAAUUAAUUUAGUCAUUUGCUUUCAUGAUACUACCUGGAAUCCAUUGUAAACUUUUAUCUCAUGGGUUCAUGUUUUUUGCUUAAUGAGUAGAUUGUAAUUGAGCUGUGCACACUGCCAAAGCUUAAAGGAUUGUACAGGUAAUUACUGUAUUGGCUUGGAAGACAUUUUCUUCUAUUAAUUACAGUACUCUUAUUUAAUUUUUGUUGCAUUUAACUAACUUUAUCACUGUCAUCAUCAAAUUUUCAAACAAUUUAUGUGAUGCUGUUUAUAUGCUUAUUUACCAGUCAUCCACCUGGGCAUACAGACGUGUCACCAAUUAAGAUGAGAGGCCUCUUUUCAAGAUUUUACCUGCCAUCAGUUGUUUAUGUUAUACCAGCCAGCACAUGAUAUCUACUCAUACUCAGGGGCUCUGUGGCUCCUUCAAGGAACCCAUGAAAGUAAAGCUUAAAGAGGCCCAAGAUUCUGAAUUAAUGAUGUACUGUAUAUGUUCUAUAAAGUAAGGGAAAUUAAUCCUCAUACAAUACAGUAUAGGCAAAUAAAACAUGUUCAAAAUGUUACUGAAAGAUAGAAUCAAUGCCUAAAUAACCAUUAAUGAUUAUAAAUAUUAUAAAUUGUUACCUAAAAUGUUAUCCUACGCAAAUAUUUAUUUUAAUAUUUCAUGUUAUGAAAUAGAUUUACCAGCAUUUAUUUCAUCUUGACUUAUCAAGUAAGAAAAGUGCCUGCCAGGUUAUCCCAACUCAUUGUUCAAUACAGUAUAACAUAAGAAUGAAGGAAACUGCAGUGGGCCUAUUGACCCAUACUGGGCAGUCCCAUUUACACCCAACCCCUAUCGCUCAUAUAUCUAUCCAACCUAUGUUUGAAGCUAUCCAGCAUCAAGGUUGUUGAGCCUAUUAAACCACUUGCCUUAAAUUGGUAAAUUAAUAAAGUGGGGAUAACUUAUUGGUUCUGUUGACUAAAUUGUUCUGUUCAGAAAUAUAUUUGUUGCAAUGAAACUGAUUUUAUUUAGUUGACUAUAUUACAGAAUAACUAUUUUUGAUCUCUUCAUUUGCUUAGAGUUCCACCUUAUAGUUUCUCUUGGCCUUGUUAACUACCACCAGACUACUGCUUAGCAUUUUCAAUAGUUAUUUCUGAAGAUAAACAGAUCUGCAGUAUCACAACAGAGGAUACAGUCACUGGGAGGAUACAGGUCUCACUGUCAUAUUGAGGAUAACUGAUUUAUGCUCAGGACACACCCAGUUUGCCCAGAUAUAAAUGGAUACCUAUCUUUACAGUUUGGCAGUGAAAUCCGUCAAGUGCAAUACUGCCCAUGUUACUUCCUUGUGGUUUGAAGGUUUGAGUAUACAACUGCCUCUAAUGGGCUGUUAGGCCUAUGGGAUCCACUCACCCCUUUUCACUAUACAUAAACACUUACAUGUUAAAGAGUAUACAGUACUGUACAUUACUACUGUAUUUGCCAAAUUUACAAAUAUGAGUCUUGAAGCUCAUGUUCCAUGGUGUGAGAACACACGUUUAUUGAAUCUUUAUUAUACCUGAAGAAACAUGAUGCUUAGGCACCCCAACGUGAACCUCACAUUACAUGAUCUUAUCUAACUUAAACUAACCCCUCCAAGUAGCAUUAGAGGGUUUAACUGUCAGGUGAAAUAAGCUGGGUUGCCUAAUCUUCAUGUGAACAAAAACAUGAAAAAAUGUACUGUAAUAACUAAGGUAGGUCAAGUAUUAUUUAGAAUUUCCAUAUAGUGGAAGUAGUCCUGAGAUUAGUAUUUUUUGUUGUUGUUAUUUCAUAUACUGUACUGUACAGUAUACAUAAGUAUCUUCUAAAUUCCUGGCCAGGUGUUAUUAUUAUUAUUAUUUUUUUUUUUUGUGGGGGGAGGGGGUUACUGAGGUCCAUUAUAUGGUACUGUAUUCUUAAUCCUACAUUUUCUGUCUUUCAGUAGGUCCGGUGAUCCAACUUUCACUUUAUUGCCAUGUUUUAAUUAUUAGAAUCAUCAAGAAGAAAACAUCAAACCAAAACUUGUCCACUUUUUCACCAUCACAAAAACAUUCUUGAUGGGGCAGAGGGAAGUUGUGGUGCUCAUGUUAAGGAGCUAAAUGGGGCAAGACCUACCUGGGUACUUCUCUUUAAGAUCUUUCUUCUACUACAGUUAUAAGAUUCUGUAAUGAAUAGAUUAUACAGUUUUAUGUAUUUGAUUUAUUGGUUAUACAACAUUAUUCUUAACACUAAUUUCUUUGUGGUUUAUCAAGAUACAAUUCUGUGUAAUGAGGUAAAUGAUGACAGUACAGUAAGAACAGAGGACUUAUGAUCAUUCCUUUACUGUUGUCCUAAGAGAUGAAAGUUUCUUCUUUAAUGUAUGUUGAAUAAUAGAUAUAUUUAUACUGUCAUGAAUUUUGUAAUGAGUGUUGCACAAUUUGCUAUCAUGAAUGUGUGAUGUAUGACCUUACUUUACAUCAACAUUGUGCUACUGCCAUUUAUCAAUGUACAGUGUCUACCCAAUUAAAACUUGCUAUAUAA